UCACACGCAGUGGUAGAGAGAGGGUGUGUCUCUCUCUCUCUCUCUUUCUCUCUCUCUCUCUCUACAGCGUAAAAGAGAGAGAGAGGAAGAGGUAACAGUUGUUUUCAGUGAGAUUAAAGACAGAGAGAGAGAGAGAGAGAGGGAAGCAGAAAGUUGUGUUAAAAAUAAAUCAAAAACUCAAUUGCCAAAAAAAGAACAAUAAUUUGAAAUAAAAUCGAAAAUUAAAAGGAAACAAGAAGAAAAACAAAGGAAAAUGAAAUAAUGAAAUAAUAAAAUAGGCAGAGAUGAAAAGUGAAGAAGAAAACGGAAAGAAAACGGAGAGAAAACGGAGAACAAUGACGAAAAUUUAAACAUAUACUCUAGAAUUUUAAAGAGACGGCGAAAUAUUGAAAAUACGCCAAAUAUUUUUAAAGAUUCUCCAAUAAAGUCCAUUGAGUAUUGCUGAAAAUGCCCCAGAACUUAGAAAAACAAUGAAAAUGGCGAAAAUGCUAAAAAAUGCUCCUGGUUUUGGAAGUGGUAGGGACUCACACGCCUCCAAUUACGCGCAGAAUUUUGAAAACACCCAAAAAUGCUCCUUGAAAAAUGCCCAGGAUUUUCAUGAUGGUAAGAAAAAAUGGUUCUUUAAAAAUGGCCCUGAAAACCGCCCAAUAAAUGCUACGAAUGCUGAAAAUCGCCCAAUGAAUGCAGAAAAUAGCCCAAUGAAUGCUGAAAACCGCCCAAUUUAUGCUUCGAAUGCAGAAAAUAGCCCAAUGAAUGUUGAAAACCGCCCAAUUUAUGCUUCGAAUGCUGAAAACCGCCCAAUUAAUGCUGAAAACCGCCCAAUUUAUGCUUCUAAUACUGAAAAACAGCCAAUAAAUGCUUCCAAAUUUAAAAAAUGCCCGUCUUUCAAGCGACCAAUGGCAUCGCUUCUCCGCAAAUUUCUAGCCAAUAGAUUUCGAGCUUCCUCCUCAUCGGCCAAUCAGGAGCCCCCACUGGGAGUCUCAGCCAAUGGGAGUGCAGGAAAGACGGGAGAUUUUUUGACCAAUAAGGAAGAUAUGAAAGAGGAGGAGGAAGAGGAGGAGGAGGAGAAAGAGAAGAGGAAUAUAAUUUUGAUAAACAAUAAAAAAAAUGAUGAUGAUGAUGAUGAUGAUGAUGAUGAUGAUGAUAGUGAUGAUGGAUCGCUUGUAGAAAGUGAAAAUUUUGAGAAUAGUGAACAUUUAAAGAAAAGCGAAAAUUUUAGCAGUGAAAAUUUUGAGAAAAGUGAAAAAUUUAAGGAAAGCGAAAAUUUUAGCAGUGAAAAUUUAGAGAAUAAUGAAAAUUUAAAGGAAAGCGAAAAUUUUAGCAGUGAAAAUUUUGAGAAAAGUGAAAAUUUAAAGGAAAGCGAAAAUUUUAGCAGUGAAAAUUUUGAGAAUAGUGAACAUUUAAAGGAAAGCGAAAAUUUUACCAGUGAAAAUUUAGAGGAAACUGUAACAUUAGAGAAAAACGAAGAUGAAAAUUUUGAAAAACCUCAAAAUUUCCACAAGAACAAAAGAGAGGCGCUGAACAAACCCCAUAAUUCCGGAAAAAGACACAAACUUUCACCCAACUCAGGAAAAAAACUCCCGGAAACAGAAAUAUUAGGGAAACUUAAAAAUUUCCCUAAAACUCAAAAAACUUCACCAAAAGAAAAUAUUACGAAAAAAACAAAACCGGAUGAAAAACUCUUAAAUUCUUCAAAAAAUCAGGAAAAGGUCACCAGAAUAUUUCACAGUCCAAUCAGAGCGUCCCGUGUAAGCCCAUCAGCCAAUCACAGCCCAGAUCUCUCCGCCAAGUUAGCUGGGACGACCUGGACGGAGACCUCAGCCAUUUUGGGAUGUAAAUUUGGAAAAAACUCGAAAAUUGUCCAAAAUUUUGAAAGUGAAAAAGUUAAAUUGAAAACAUCACUGAAAUUUAUGAACGAAGAGGAAGAGGAGGAAGAAGAAGAAGAGGAGGAAGAGGAGGAGGAGGAGAUAUACCUGGAAAAGAAGACAAGAUAUAAAGAAAAAGAAGAAGAACUGAAAAAAGAAGAGAAAGAGGAGGAGGAAGAGGAGGAAGAGGAGAAAACAAGAGGAAAACGAGAAAAACAUGAGAGAAUUAUCAAAAAACAAGAAGAAAGAAGGGAAACAGAAGGAAAACAAGAAGAAAACCGAGGAAAAAAACAAGAACAAAGAAAACAAGGAGAAAAACACAGAAAAUUUAUUAAGAACCCUGAAAAACACCAGCAAAUCAAAGAAAACGGAGAAGAACGGGAAGAAAAUAAGGGGGACUAUCAUAUUAACAACAACAACAUCAACGGGGGAACCAAGCAACAACAACAACAUCAACAACAAUCUGGUUUCCUGCAGAGCCUUAAGAAACUAACUUUUGGAACCCAGAAAAGUAGUAGUAGUAGUAGUAGUAGCAGUAGUAGUAGUGUUAUAAGUAAUUUGAAAGUGAGAACCAGCAAUGUGAGAACCAAAAGACUCAUGAAGGAAUUUGAAGUGUUAAGUAGAAGUGAUAAUAAGUAUUUUUCCGUUGAUCUUGUAAGUGACUGCCUCGAUGAAUGGACGGUAAGGCUACACCACGUGGCUGAAGACUCGUUACUGCACAGAGACAUGGUAGAGAUGGGAGUGACCUUCAUAUCUUUAUCUUUAAGUUUCCCUGAUGACUUUCCUUUCCAACCUCCGUUCCUUCGUGUUUUGGCGCCCAGAUUGGAGAAGGGCUAUGUUAUGGAAGGAGGAGCAAUAUGUAUGGAACUGUUGACUCCAAAGGGCUGGGCGUCUGCGUAUACAAUUGAAGCUGUUAUCAUGCAAUUUGCGGCGAGUCUCAUUAAGGGACAGGGGCGAAUCUGCAGAAAUGCCAAGACUGGAGUGGGCAAGGAGUUCACAAGGCGUUCAGCUGAGUCCUCUUUUAAAUCCUUAGUCCGGACGCACGAUAGAUAUGGCUGGCUCACUCCUCCGUUGUCUGAAGGCUAAGUGUGUGUGUGUGUGUGUGUCUGUGUGUGUGUGUGUGUGUGUGUGUGUGUGUCUGUGUGUGUGUAUGCGUUCAUAUGUAUGUUAUUAUUAUUGCUAUUAUUUUAUCAGUGUUUCGAAUGUUUCAAUGAAUUGUAUAUGUAUAAUAAAUAUUUGUAAGUAA